CGAUUUCUUAGGUGUACAAUCUUUAUUGUUGGAAAGUUUCAGAAUACAAAACUCCCAAAUGCCCUUAACAUUCACGAUAAUUACAAAAUGGUUUAUAUUAAUUCCAUACAACUUGUACAACAUACACAGUUUGUAAUUUUGUAUAAAGUAGGGUCGUGUCCAAUCUUUGUUAUUUGAAUCUAAUGUUAGAGAAUUGGGCUUUUGACUUCUUCUCUGCCCUCCUCAACAACAACCUUCUUGUCUCAAUUCUCCCAAAUAGCAUCCUGACCGUAUCACAGUAAAAUGAGCAGAGUUGCAGUAAUGGAAAGCCUCCAAGGUUACACCAUUCUUUUCCUUGUCUGGUUAGUCUCUACCAUGCUUGUUCGAGCCAUGUUGACAAAAAGUCGAACCAUGGUUCGACUUCCACCGAGCCCAUUUGCUUUUCCUGUCAUUGGACACCUUCACCUACUUGGCCCAAUACCACACCAAUCUUUCCAAAAAAUCUCAAACACCUAUGGCCCCUUGAUUUAUCUCUCUCUUGGCUCAAUUCCCUCUGUUGUGGUUUCCUCCCCUGAAUUAGCCAAACUCUUCCUUAAGACAAAGGAAACUUGGUUCUCAAAUAGACCUCAGUUGAGUGUAGUUGACCACAUUUCUUAUCCCUUAGCUGACUUCACAUUUGCACCUUAUGGACCUUAUUGGAAGUUCAUGAAGAAAUUGUGCGUGACUCAGCUUCUUGGUGGCCAAACACUUAAUAAGCUUCUUCCAGUUAGGAGUGAAGAGAUAAAAAGAUUCUUGAAAUUGAUGAGCAAAAGAGCUGAGUCUAAAGAACCAAUUGAAAUUGGUAAAGAGCUUACUAAGCUUACAAAUAAUAUCAUAACAGGAAUGAUUAUGAGGCAAAGGUGUUCUGGGAAUGAUGAUGAUGAUCAUAGUGAGGCUGAGAAGAUAAAAGAGUUGGUCAAAGAGAGAAACCAACUUGUUGGGAAAUUCAAUUUGUCAGAUUUUUUUUGGUUUUGUAAAAAUUGGGAUUUGCAAGGAUUUGAGGCAAGAGGGAAAGGCUUCCAUGAAAAGUUUGACUCUAUGAUGGAGAAGAUAAUACAAGAGCGCGAAGAAGCUAGGAAUGUGGAGAAGGGAAGAAAUGACAUUGUUAAAGACUUGCUUGACAUUUUGCUUGACAUAGCAAAAGAUGAAGAUCACAAAUCACAUAUCAAAUUAGGCAGAGAUAAUAUCAAGGCAAUUAUACUGGAUAUAUUUGUAGCUGGGACUGGAACAGCUGCCAUAACUAUAGAGUGGGCACUAUCAGAACUAAUAAACCACCCAAACAUUAUGAAAAAAGCAAGAAAAGAAAUAGAUAGCAUAGUUGGGAAAACCAGACUAGUAAAGGAGUCAGACAUUGUUGAUCUUCCAUAUAUUCAAGCUAUAACAAAAGAGACAUUGAGGCUUCACCCAGCUGGGCCACUAAUACUAAGAGAAUCAACUGAAGAUUGCACCAUUAAUGGUUACUAUAUUCCUAAAAAGACCAGAGUGUAUAUUAACUCAUGGGCUAUUGGUAGAGACUCCAAAUAUUGGGAAAAUCCUCUUGAAUUCAACCCAAAGAGGUUUCUAAGUGAAGAUGGGAGUGGAAAUAUCAACCAUAUGGAUGUUAGGGGACAAAGUUUCAAUCUUUUGCCAUUUGGGAGUGGAAGAAGAGGGUGCCCAGGAGCUUCACUUGCUUUGUUGAUCAUUCAAACAAGUAUUGCUUGUAUGAUUCAGUGCUUUGAGUGGAAAGGGUUUAAUGGCAAGGUUGAUCUUGAAGAGGGACCUGGGCUCACCCUUGCUAGAGCUCAUCCCUUAAUUUGUUUUCCAGUUUCUAGGUUUAUUCUUUAGAUUUGUAAGAGUGGUCUGUUAAUAAUUAAGGGCCAGUUUGGCACAGCUGUGCUAUGUAAAAAAGCAACUGUAGUUGUGCUGUUGGGAAAAGCAGUUGUAGUAGAACUGUAAAAAAAAGUUGAGCUAAGUAUUUGGUAAAUUAUAUAUUUUAAAGUAGUGCGAGUUAUUAAAAUUCUAUUAUAA